UCGACCUAGCUAGCUUAGUUUUGGUCUCACCAAUUUAGAGCUGUUGCUUCCUAAACCUAGCUAGCAAGCCAAGCUACCGAACCCAUGGUGUCCAAGGACUUGUGGGCCGGCGUUGGAUCAGCUCUGGCGUUCUUAGCUGGCCUCAUCACCUUGGCAGUGAACCAGGUCAGGAUCAAACUGUUUAUCAACAAGAUCACCGCUUCCUUUAGCUCAACCGUACAAAUCACCAUCCCUGAGUACACAGCCAACCGUUUCGAACGCAAUGAGUUGUUCAUUGCGAUCGAGGCCUACAUCUCCGACCGUUGUACCGAUCGGGCGCGCAAGCUCAAGGCCGAGCUUGGCAGUGACGAACAGGAACCCCAUUUAUUUGUUGAUGACGAACAGGAGAUCAUUGACACCUUCAAAGGCGCCACACUCUGUUGGUACGCCUACACGGAGCAACCACGGUCCAGCGUCGUCGUCCAAACCCCCGGUGACGAGGAGCGCCGCUUCUACCGAGUUGCAUUCCAUCGCAGCUUCCGCGAUAAAGUCAAACAUUCAUAUCUGCCCCACGUCCUUGAAGCGGGCCGCACCGUCAUCGCCAACAACCGCCAGCGCCGCCUCUUCACCAACAACCCAGAUGGAGAGACUUACUGGAGCCAUGUGGCGUUCCAGCACCCGGCGACGUUCGAUACGCUUGCCAUGGACCCCAUGGAGAAGCAGGCCAUCAUCAACGACCUCAAUGCCUUCCGGAAAGGAAAGCAUUACUACGAUAAGGUCGGUAAGGCAUGGAAGCGUGGGUACCUGCUCUUUGGGCCCCCCGGCACCGGAAAAUCCACGAUGAUCGCGGCCAUAUCCAACUACCUUGAGUAUGAUAUCUACGACCUCGAGCUCACGGCGGUCAAUAACAACAUAGAGCUCCGGAAGCUCUUCAUUGAGACCAAGGGAAAGUCCAUCAUCGUCAUCGAGGACAUUGACUGCUCCGUCGACUUUACCGGCAAGCGCGGGGACAAGAAGUUUGGUGGUGAGAGCGAUAACAUGAAGAAAGAGCGCAAGCAGGACGCCGAUGGCACCAAGCUGACCCUUUCUGGGAUGCUCAACUUCAUAGAUGGGCUGUGGUCGGCGUGCGGCGGCGAGCGUAUCAUCAUCUUCACCACCAACCACAAGGACAAGCUGGACCCAGCUCUGAUCCGGCCAGGUAGGAUGGACAAGCAUAUCGAGAUGUCUUACUGUCGCUUCGAGGCCUUCAAGGUGCUGGCCAACAACUACCUGGACAUCACCAUCACCGCCCACCAUUUCUUCGAGCUGUUCACAGAGAUAGGUAAGCUGCUGCACGAGGUCGACAUGUCCCCGGCAGAGGUUGCCGGGUACCUGAUGCGCGCGGAGGAGGAGUAUGCUGGCGCGCGCCUCAAGGGUCUCGUGGAGGCUCUGAAAACACGCAAGGGCAACGCGCCCAUGGAUAAAGCGACAGCGAAGGAAGAAAUUGUCCAUACAGAUGUUGGAGGCAGCCGAAGCUACAUAAAGGCAGAUAAACGGGAAGAAGAAUGAAAGGACGAGGCCGGCCGCGUGUUAGCACUUCGCAGUACGUGUUUUGAAAGUGUGUGUUGCCGCAUGGCCAGGUGCUCAAAAUUUAAACUUGAUGCAUUUAAUUUGUUCUCGUUUAGGCUGUAUAGUUGUUGUUUGUAUGCAUGUGUCAUCUACUCAAAACUUGUGUAACCUAGCCAUGCAUUUACGUGCGGUAAUACUACUCAUUUUUUCAAAAAAGGGUGGAUUUUAUUAGCUCAAAAUGAAGCAUCAAGAGAAUACAAACACGAUGAGCACACACCCGGCCUCUGCACAGCUAGGAUGCACACAGCCAACACCAACCCACACAAAAAACACGCCUGCAAAUAGAAAAUCAUAUAAGACCAAAGCUAUGCAUGGGCGAGAAAAAUA